GGUACACCUUGCUUCGAAUCGGCACAGUUCGUUAACAGUCCCAGUCAGCAGAUCUGGGAGGUUAAGUGUGAAUAUAAUCAUAUCAAAAAAUAUUUUUUUCUUUUACAAAAAAACAAAAUCAAAAUCAAAUCAACAAUGAAAUUCUUCGUGGUAUCAACUUUACUGCUCGCAGCAUCGUGUUCAGCCUCCCUCUACGGAGCUGUUUCCACUCAAUAUGCUAGCCAAGAUGGACAUGGAUCAUACUCUUAUGGAUAUUCCGAUCCAAAUUCGCAAAAGCACGAAUCAAAACACGGUGAUGUAGUCCAGGGUGGAUAUUCAUACGUUGAUGGACAUGGAAUCUUGCAAUCGGUCAAAUACACUGCCGAUCCCGUCCAUGGAUUCCAAGUUGCUGCCACAAAUUUACCAAAAGGACCUGAAGCCCAUGCUAUUGUACCAGCCGCUCACUAUGCUCCAGCUCACUAUGCACCAGCUCCAGUCAGCUACAUUGCCCCAAUUAGCUAUCACGCUGCACCAAUCAGUUAUGCUUCAACCUACUCAGUCCCAUCCCAUUACGCAUCCGUUGCUUAUGGUCAUGGUUAUGGAGUACAUGGCUUGCCACAACCCGUUCAAGAUACACCUGAAGUCGCUGCAGCCAAAAUCGCUCAUUUCGCCGCUCAUGCCCAAGCUAAAGCCAACCUCCAUCACUUGCACAAGCGAUCUGCAUGGCAAUACGCUCCAUCGAGCUGGUCUCAUGCCGCUGCUCCAGCAAUCCACAACGGUGUCCCAGUAGAAACCCCAGAAGUCCAACAAGCUAAAGCCGCACACUUUGCCGCUCAUGCUGCCGCCUCUCACGGAUCCGGUUAUGCUCCAGCUCAUUACAAUCCAGCACCAGCACACUAUGCCGCCCCAGUCAUCCACAACGGUGUCCCAGUCGAUACACCCGAAGUCCAACAUGCCAAAGCUGCCCAUUUCGCUGCCGUUGCAGAAGCUCAAGCACGCAGCCACUCUGCUCCAUCUCACUACAAUGAUGAACAUGGUCAAUAUGCCCCAGCUCACUACAACCAUGGUGCCGGUGCCUAUCACAUUCCAGUCAUCCACAACGGAGUCCCAGUUGAAACCCCAGAAGUACAACACGCCAAAGCUGCCCACUUCGCUGCUGUCGCUGAAGCCCAAAGCCGAAGCGGAUACGGACAUGGUGGUGAAUCUUAUGCUCAUGACAACUCAUGGGAUGAUGGACACAACUCAUGGGACAACGGUCACCGUGACUGGUAGAUAAUUUGCUAGUUAUGCUUUAAAGAAGAAAAAAAACAUUAUAUUCGAUACACUGCCACUGUCAAGAGUUACCAGUAUUUUAACUGGUUAAGCUUUUAUUCUCUUAACGAAUGCAUCAAAUAGUUCUAUUGUUUUAUUUAUUCCAUUAGAUAAAAUUAAUUGAACAAAUUUGUAUAAUUGUAUAAA